CACAGUUGUUCGACCUUACAAAGUAGACCUGUAUCUGACAAGCCUACCAAAGAUCAGCCCUGAAACCCCUACAUCUGCUUCUCCAAAAUGUCCGAACAAUCCUACUACAUCGGCUUCGACGUCGGGACUGGAUCUGCUCGAGCUGCUCUGCUGGAUUCAAAGGGCAAGAUCAUCGCUGAUGCCACCGAAAACACCAAGACUUACCGUUCAGAGACCGACCACAGGAUCUACGAACAGUCUACCCAAAACAUCUGGUCCUCCCUCGCCCUCUGCUGUAAUCGCGUCCUCUCUACGUCGGGCAUCCCGGCGUCCCAGAUCAAAGGGAUCUCUUUCGACGCUACCUGUUCGUUGUGCGUCGUCGAUGGACAAGGUGUUCCCGUCUGUGUGACCGAAGGCGAAGGGUUAGGGAAAUCAGGCGAGGAGGCAGGGGAUAGGAAUGUGAUCCUCUGGGCGGAUCAUCGGGCCGAGGAAGAGGCGGCGUUCAUCAAUCAAACGGGGGAAGGGGUCUUGGGGUUCGUAGGCGGGGUGAUGAGCCUCGAGAUGGAGAUCCCAAAGACCUUGUGGUUGAAGAAACACAUGAAAGAGGAAGAUUUCGAAAAGUCCUUCUUCUUCGACCUCCCUGACUUCCUAACCUACCGAGCGACCGAGUCGAUCGCCCGAUCCAAUUGUUCCCUGACUUGCAAAUUUUCCUACGUCUCGCCUGGCGUCAAGGUCAAGCAUCUGGAUGGAAAGGAGGAAAGCAGUGAAGGGUGGAGUGCAGGGUUCUUGAACAAGAUCGGCCUCGAAUCCCUCGUAAAAAGGGAUUUCGAGCAGGUCGGCGGUCAACCGGGUAAGAACGGGUUGAUCAUGACCGCCGGACAACCGGUAGGGACCGGAUUGACCGAAAGGGCCGCCAAGGAGUUUGGCUUGUUACCUGGAACUCCUGUUGGGAGCGCUGUUAUCGAUGCAUACGCCGGCUGGGUAGGAACCAUCGCUGCCAAGUCAAGUGCGGACAAGUCGACCGAGAGGCUCAAGCUCGAGGAGAGCAGUCAUCGGCUGGCCGCUUGUGCAGGGACGUCGACUUGCCAUAUCGUCCAGAGCGACAAGGGCGUGUUUGUCGACGGGUGGGGACCUUACCCUAACGCCGUCUUCCCGGGCUGGUGGAUGAACGAAGGUGGCCAAUCGUCUACGGGACAGCUUAUCGACUUCAUCAUCAACACCCACCCGGCAUUGUCUAAAGCGCAAGAACAAGCCAAGGAAAGCGGCAAGGGACUUUUCGACUUUUUGGAAGACAAGCUCGAAGAGUUGAAGAAGACCCGAGGUGUUUCCAGUACCACGGAGUUGACUAAACACCUUCAUUUCUACCCGGACCUCGGCAAUCGAUCUCCCUUGGCCGAUGUCAAGAUGAAGGGCAUGAUCACUGGCCUGACGCUAGACAGCGGUGUUAAUGACCUGGCUGUCAAAUUCCAUGUCACGCUCGAGGCCAUCGCACUGCAAACUCGGCAUAUCCUGGACGAAAUGAAUGCCAAGGGGCAUGUUGUCGAUUCCAUCUAUAUGAGCGGAUCGCAAGCAAAGAACAAGCCUCUCAUGCAGCUCCUCGCAUCGGUCUGCAAUGUGGCUGUCUUUAUCCCUCCCCAUCCGUCAGCAGCAGUGGUGAUGGGCGCGGCGAUGAUGGGUCGUUGUGCGGCCAACAUUUCGGAAAAGCUGCAAGGCAAGCCCAUCGAGACUCAGGAAGAGCAAGACCGAAUUGGUGUCGAGAUGCAGAGCGAGCUAUGGGACGUCAUGGCCGAGAUGACUCCGGAAGCCACGGCGGUCAUAUCUGACGCCUCUGAUCUGGAGAAGAAACUGCUCGACGUCAAGUACAAGAUCUUCCGUGAAUCCAUCGAGAUUCAGAAACGCUGGAGGGACCAGAUCGAUGUUGUAGGCAAUUGACGAUGCGAGUACAAGCAGACGGUAUAUCGAGGAAUGU